AUAUAAGUCUAUGGUUAGUAUGGAGAGAAGCAAUCUUAAAAGAUACAAACUUUUGCUGACAUAAGAACAGGUUCUUAAUCAAACAGCUUGAUACUGUAGUUGUUUUGUCAUCUCUAAAACUAGCUUCUGUUGUGUCGCUUCCUCCUUAAGCUUUUUAAAAUCGUGUACAUCUCACUGAUGUAUGUAGAUUUGAUGAUAAUCAUCACGCCAUCAUUUAACACACCAAGAGAGCCUCAAAUUACUGUAUAUGGUUGACUAAGUUAUCGUAUUCUAAAAUUUGACUUUGGUUCGCGUGGUCGGUUUGAUUGGUCAUGCUUGAAAACCGGUCCAAAGCAAAUCUUUUUUGUUUUGGAGUCAAAUCCAGAGCAAAUAAAUCAAUUUAGGAUAAUAAAUCAAUCUAUAUUAAUAAGGCGUGCUGAGGAAUUAUGAUGGUCGGUCCUCCUCGAGUACAUUACAUAGCAGGGCUAACUUAGCGAAAGGGACUAGGGUUCAGGGUUUCGAAGAUUAGAAUACAGUUUUUGUAGAAGACUAGUGUACUCUCUAGGGUUUGCGAAAGCAUGGAUAGGAUCAGCAUCCUAACAGACGAGAUAAUUUGCCACAUCGGGUCCUUCUUGUCGGCGAAAGAGGCGGCGUUCACGGCACUUCUCUCGAAGAGGUGGAGGAGUCUGUUUGGAAGCCUGUUCCAUUUAUCAAUCCCAGCUGAACGAAGCAUCUGUUGGAACGGUUUGCAAGUUCUCCUAAAGAAAUCUCCAAAUCUUAAGGCUCUCACCAUCAAGGGAAGUGUGCACGAUAAGGAUGAUGAUCGUGUGGAUGAGGAGGAAUCUGUUUGCGAAUGCUUGAAAGGGUAUACUUUCCUAUCGCCCUGCUAUAUUGAGGUCAUAAAGAUAAGAGAGUGUAAAGGAGAUAGAGGAGAGAUGGUGCAAAUAAAGCACAUGCUGGAAAAAUUGCCGUGUCUUGAACUUUUGGAAAUUCAUCUUAAGCCAGGCAGAGAUGAGACAAAGCUUCAGAUUAUGACGGAUCUCCUAACGAGUACGAGAAGUUCGUCCAAGUCCAAAUGCACAGUUAAGGUGGUGUCGUCCAAAUACACUGUUAAGGUGGUGUUACAAUGAACAAAAUCUUAACAUGAACUGGCAUAUCUGAAUAGAGAAGAAACAAAGGUGCAAUUGUACUUUGCUUCCCGUUUGUUGUUGACAUAUGACUGAAUUGGUUUGGUUUUGUGUCUUUCCCAUUUGACUGAGAGAUUGAUUGUUCUGAGUCGGACACA